CAUCGGCUGUAAGUGGGUGUGGGUUUUAUUCAAACAGCGUUUCACAUACUAAAUCAGUUACUUUUUGUACUUUAUAACGAUCAUUUCGACAGUCAAUAUGUCUUGGAAAGGGAUUUGUGUGAUACUCAUUGCAUUACUGCUCGACCGCACGAAUGGUUUGAUUUAUCCAAACCAGUCGACCUCUUUAGGUCUUGUUCACUCCGUUUCUUAUCCGGUUGUGGAGUACCUUCCUGAGCGUAGCAUACUCAUAGAUUGGUGCUUUCAAAUGUCCUAUAAUUUACCGGGUUCAGUUUCGGCUUUUUAUAACAUACCAAUUUGGCCGGGAAUACAAAAUCCGAAACCGCGAGAUAAACGUAGUGUGGACAGCGAUAAUGAUAGUCUGGAAGUGCAAAAACAUUUGCAGUGGUUAGAUAAAUAUGAUCGCAAAAUAAAUGUAAAUCAGCACCCGAUGGACUUAACGGCUGGAGAGCUCUAUCAGGGCAUUGAGGAUUACUUUUCCAGCUUCGGCGUACAUGAAACCUGUCUUCUACGCAGCGUUUGCGAGCUAGCACAGCAUCCAUUUGACGAUGACCAUCAUACAAUUCUCACGGAGCUAUUGACAUUUAUACUGACGCCAUCUCUGCAUCAAGGUUUCACCAAACACGAAAAAGUUUACCGGGAGGCGUACGAAGCUGCCGAACUACAUGGGUUUUUAGGUGAAAAUUGUACCGCUCUAUAUUCCGAAUGCGAAAAAGAUAUUUUAAGUGUUGUAACUAAAAUUAUAUUAAUAAAUGAUUGA